CGGCGGGCCCCGAGCGGGCAGCGACACGCGGGAUCUGCCCCCGCCUGUUCCGGGGCGGCUCCGACUCUUCCCCGGGCCGCCGGUCCCGCCCGUUCCGGUGGGGGCAGCGGCGCCAUGGGGGUCACCUGCGUGUCGCAGGUGCCGGUGGCCGAGGGCAAGAGCGUGCAGCAGACGGUGGAGCUGCUGGCGCGGCGCCUGGAGGCGCUGGGCGCGGACAAGCAGGGGACGUUCGGCGUGGACUGCGAGACCUAUCACACCGCGGCCACCCUCGGCACACAGGACGGGGAAGCUGAUGUACGUCAUGCACAACUCCGAGUACCCCCUGAGCUGCUUCGCCCUCUUCGAGAACGGGCCCUGCCUGGUGGCCGACGCCAACUUCGACACGCUCAUGGUGAAGCUCAAGGGCUUCUUCCAGAACGCCAAGGCCAACAAGAUCGAGAGCCGCGGCACCCGCUACCAGUACUGCGACUUCCUGGUGAAGCUGGGCACGGUCACCAUGGGCCCCAGCGCCAGGGGCAUCUCCGUGGAGGUGGAAUACUGCCCCUGUGUGAUCCCCAACGACUGCUGGAACCUGCUGAUGGAGUUCAUGCAGAGCUUCAUGGGCAGCCACACGCCCGGGAUCCCGUCGGUGUUCGGCUCCAAGCACGACAGCACCUACAGCCCCGGGGACACCAUGGUGCAGUACAUGGAGCUCUUCAACAAGAUCCGCAAGCAGCAGCAGGUGCCCGUGGCCGGCAUCAGGUGAGGAGGAUGCCCUGACUUCAUCCCGACCCUGGCUGCCCCAGGAGAGCCUCUGCAGGAGUUUCUCCUUCCGGAGCUUUCCCGUUCCCAAGCUGCGCCGUGCUGUCCGUGAGCAGAGGUGUCCAAACUCUGCUGGCGUGCCCGAAAACCACGGGGGCGUGUGCUGCAAUCCCCGGGGAUCCCUGGGCUUUUCUUGACUCUGGGGGUCCUCCACAGUUUGGGAUUAUUUGAUCCAGUGGUUCUGUGGGGUUUUUUUGGGCAGUUUCCUGCAGGGAAUUGAGAAAUUCCAGACAAUUGCAGACAUCUCUGAAAUUUCUAUUUUUUUUUUCUCUCCACAUGGGUGUUUUGUUGUAUUUCAUCCCAAUAAAAGGCUGGGUUUUGGGGAGGAGGAGUUGCCCCUGCAGGUUUGUGUUGUAAAUUUCCAGCCUUCCCUUGGAUUUGCUUCAAGAGCUUUAUGUGCCCCCAAAGCAAACAUUUCCCUGUGGGGAAAAAAAAAAAAAUCCAGGAAUUCUCCAGUUUUCCUGUUCCUGGCACGUUCUUACUUCAUCCUCUGUAGCUGAUGGGAAUGUCAAAAUCUGCUGCCUCCCAAUGAAGGCUCUGGAGAAAUUAAAAAAUUAAAAAAUAAAAUAAAUAAGCCUGGCAGGAGCUUUGUCUGGCACUGAGAGAA